AUGACGGCAUUCAUCUUCAAAGACUGGUUUUUUAAGAAUUUCAUCCCCGCCGUACGUCAUUACCUGAGACAACAAAAACUCGCAGAAAAAGCAAUCCUGCUUUUGGAUAACUGCCCAGCCCACCCCCCUGCCUCAACGUUGUCUUCACACGACGGCAAAAUCAAGGUCGUUCUCCUGCCGAAAAACACAACGUCACUAAUACAGCCCUUGGAUCAAGGUAUUAUAAAGGCCUUAAAAUCCCACUGCAAGAGGAAACUCAUCACCAAUUUGCUGGAUUCCGCCAUGCCCCCAACAGACUACAUAAAGACAGUCACCAUGAAGGACGUAAUAUUCACAACACAUUACGCAUGGAGUCAGAUUACGACAAGCACCAUUGACAAUUGCUGGAGAAAGGGACUGGGCAGCGCCUUUGAUGAAGAUUUUCUCGGCUUCACAGAAACAGACAUAACCGAGGCUGUUGCGAAGUACAAAGACUAUGCCGGUGAAGAAGCACUCGAUGUCGAUCCGACUUCGGUUGAACUCUGGGUCGCAUGCGACAAUGACCUCCCGACCUCAGAAAGCAAAUCCGAUGACCAGCUGAUCGAGGACGCCCAAACAAGUAGCGAUGAUGAUGAUGAUGAUGAAGAAGAUGAAGAUGCUGAACCGUUACAGCCGCCUCCCGGUGUCCCCCGACGUACAGCGGAAGAAGCGUUAGCCUGUUUGGAGGUUUCGAUACAAUACAUCCAACAGAACCCCAAUAGCACGUUCAAUUCUACGACCUUGCUCCACGCAAAACUCCUCAGGGAUAUGAUGAAGAGGGAUGUUGUUAAGUCAAAGAAACAGCAAUGCAUAACAAAUUAUUUUAAAUGA